CGCGCCCUGGACUUGUUUGACUAACAACUUGGAACUGAUUUAGUCAACUCUAGUCUACACUGUAAUUUAAUGUUCGACCUGUAAGACUUCCAAUGCAUCCAUUGUCAUUAUUUCUCAACUCAAGUUUGUAUAAAUAUUGGUUGGAUCUGUGUAGGCUACAUAUGGAAUGAUUUACACAGAACAAAAUAUACGUUCCAUAUAAAAGCAAUUUUAAGGAAAAUGUAUGCUUGUGCUUUUCAUACCUUCUGCUUUUAGACCAGUUUCCCUACCCUUCCCACUAUUUCCUCAUGGGAUCCUGCUUUGUCAAAAUUGUACACUCAGGUGUGUAGGUAAAGUGUGUAGGUGACCGAUUGAAUAACUCAUUGUAUUUGAUCCUUGAGUCAGCCAUGCAUUAGAGAUGCCACAACUUCAUCUCCUCAUACUAGAUCAAAGCUGGUGUCAUGAAUCAUGAUGUUGGUAUACUGCAGCCCACUACUGUAUGUCAGUAGUUUUUCUCAACCUGGGUUUCUAAAAAAUUAAAUCUGACGUUACUCUGUUAAUCCAGUACAGGACAUUACAGGAUGUACCCUGUCAAGAUAGAAUCAAAUCAAAUCAGGGAGUUAAACAAAAUACCCUUAAUCCCAAUGUUUGACAAUUAACCCAAAACCUUCAAGCCUCUGAAACAUAGUUUUUAGUCAUUUUGGGGUAAUGUAAUGUAUUCUAUUGUCAAUUACUUUCAUACUAAAAAGGAUACCUCUGGAAUGUGACUUUAGGCUUAUGUUGUUGAUGGUAAAAAAAAAACACAUUGAAUGUGUGUAAACUUCAAUUGACUUAGUGACAUCCUCAUUGAUCAAAUGUAGUUAUGAAAAUGAGCAGCAGUAUGCAUUAUUGUCUGUUGUUGAUUCUCUCUUAAGUAAUUAGAUUUUCCACUAAAGUUUCCAGGCCACUGGAACAAAGUACUGACGUAGAAUAAAGACAUUUUCCUUGGGUGAUGAGAGUCAUGCUCAAAUGAUUCCCUUAAUUGGAAGAGUUACCCCAAACAGGCAUGAUUCCACUGUCUGGGCCAGCUGGAGAUUCGCCAUUACAUGUUGCCAGUCUCUUUUCAUCUGAGUAUGACACUAGAAAGUGUCCCUCAGGGAUGCAUUUGAUUAGAACAUGGUUUUGACGUUAUCUUGAGAUGGGGUGUGAGGAAAUAACAAAUGUGAUAGGCAUUAGGAAUUUAGAGCUUAGGAACUGUAGGAAAAUGACACACUGGUAAGGAACUACACUGAGUGUACAAAACAUUAAUAACAUCUGCUCUUUCCAUGACAGACUGACCAGGUGAAAGCUAUGACCCCUUAUUGAUGUCACUUGUUAAAUCCACUUCAAAUCAGUGUAGAUCAGGCCUGGGCAAUUAUUUUCCAUGGAGGGCCACAUUAGAAUAUAUUUUUGCUAUUGCGGUCCAGAAUCAUAUUACAGGAUUAUACAUCAUGUGUAUGACUCUGUUGACAGAUAUAUCUACUGGAAAUCACGUCCAGAUAUGCUACUUAUUUAACUUUUUUAACAUGCACAGAAAUAAACUACAUCCAUGUUCUCCUUUUGGUAGGUAUUUUCAUUAUUAAACAUGGAAUGAACUACAUGGAGGGAAAAGUACACUGCAUUCAGCACCACGGACAGAACUCUUGUUAACGGGUAUGCACAAGAAAGAGAGAGAGCUCAAUAUUACAUUUAAACUACUCAAUCAGUGUGAGGAGUGAAGACUCUGAUGGGCAUUGACUAGAGCAGUGAAGUCUGGUAUAGUUUCUUGCGUCGCUAUGAGUAGGAUUGCUGAGAGGUGAGAGUCAGUAAGAGAUGAUCUGUGCCUUGACUUGUUAUAUUCCAUCACUGAAAAUGUCUGUUCACAUACAUAGCUUGACCCAAAUAGUACAUACACCUUCUGAGCAUGACUCCUAAUCUUUGGAAAGUUUUGUUCAUCAAGAGAUGCAUAGAACCUCGUCAGUGACAUUUUGAAUAGUUCUCCAAUCACUGCAUCAGACUGGAGAUCGAUAAGCUGAAGUUGCAAGUCAGUGGAAGUGUUAUCCACAUUGAAGGUGAAAGGAGAGGAACCAACAGCAUGUCAUUUUCCAACACUUUGAAAUCCUCAAAACGAUGAGAAAACUCACCUUUCAAAGCACGCAGCAGUGAUGUAUACUUCUCCCGCUCGUCAUCUGAUAGGGAACAGACUAGUAGUGUCGGGAAGAUGGAUGAGAUUGUUGGCUUCUACUUGGCGGGUCAGGAGGAGUAAUUUUCCCUUGAAGGCUUUGACAAGGCUGUACAUCGGAUGUGCAAAAAGGCCCUUCCCUUGUAGUUUGGAAUUCAGAUCAUUCAUGAGGGCCAUGAUGUCCACAGUAAAGGCAAAACCAACCAACCAUUCUUUAUGUUGCAGUUGAGGGAAAUCCACAUAUUUUCCCUUUCAUUUGCAAAAACUCAGCAAUCUCCGAUUUCAGGUCCCACACCCUUUUAAGCACAAUUCCCAAACUCAGCCAUCUCACGUUUGUGUGGUAGGGGAGAUCUGCAUGACCCGACUCUGUCUCUUCCAACAGUGAGACAAACUGCCUGUGGUUUAAAGAUUUUGCUCUUAUGAAGUUUACCACUUUAGUGACUGUAUCCACAACAUAUCUCAUUUUCAGAACACAUUUACAGAGCAUCUCCUGAUGAAUAAUGAAUCAAAUAAUUUUCUGAUCUGGGUUCAGCUCAGCUACUUGAUCUUGUAUCCUUUUCAAAAGGCCAACGUUUUUUCCUGUAAAGUUUGGGCACCCAUCAGUGGUCACACUGGAUAACUUUUCAAAACUAAGUCCCAGCUUCGCCACACACUUAUUAACCUCCUCCAAUAAAUCUUUCCCUGUGGUUGCGCUCUUCGUUGACUGCACUGAAGCAAGCUCCUCUGUAAUUUCCAAGUCUGGGGUUAUGCCUCGUAAGAAUAUCAACGAGUUCGCCGUGUCACGUGCAUCACUGGUCUCAUCCAGGACCAAUGAGAAACAGGUGAAAUCCUUUACCUUGUUUUUCAACUGUUGUUCCAUAUUCUCUAGAUGUGCUCAACACGCCGUGUUCGUCUUGACAGGGAAACAUUUUCAAACGGGGCGGCAGGGUAGCCUAGUGGUUAGAGCGUUGGACUAGUAACCGAAAGGUUGCAAGUUCAAAUCCCCAAGCUGACAAGGUACAAAACUGUCGUUCUGCCCCUGAACAGGCAGUUAACCCACUGUUCCUAGGCCGUCAUUGAAAAUAAGAAUUUGUUCUUAACUGACUUGCCUAGUUAAAUAAAUAAAUAAAAACAGCUCUUUCUUGUCGGGGCAAACUAUUGCUGCAGAGUCAAUUAAACAUUCUUUAAUGAAUUUGUCCUCAGCCAAUGGCUUGCUACAGUUGAAGUCGGAAGUUUACAUACACCUUAGCCAAAUACAUUUUAACUCAGUUUUUCACAAUUCCUGACAUGUAAUUCUUGUAAAAAUUCCCUGUCUUAAGUCAGUUAGGAUCACCACUUUAUUUUAAAAAUGUGAAAUGUCAGAAUAAUAGUAGAGAGAAUUAUUUAUUUCAGCUUUUAAUUCUUUCAUCACAUUUCCAGUGGGUCAGAAGUUUGCAUACACUCAAUUAGUAUUUGGUUGCAUUGCCUUUAAAUUGUUUAAUUUGGGUCAAACGUUUUGGGUAGCCUUCCACAAGCUUCUCACAAUAAGUUGGGUGAAUUUUGGGCCAUUCCUCCUGACAAAGCUGGUGUAACUGAGUCAGGUUUGUAGGCCUCCUUGCUCGCACAAGCUUUUUCAGGUCUACCCACAAAUUUUCUAUAGGAUUGAGGUCAGGGCUUUGUGAUGGCCACUCCAAUACCUUGACUUUGUUGUCCUUAAGCCAUUUUGCCACAACUUUUGAAGUAUGUUUGGGGUCAACGUCCAUUUGGAAGACCCAUUUGCGACCAAGCUUUAACUUCCUGCCUGAUGUCUGGAGAUGUUGCUUCAUUAUAUCCACAUAAUUUUCCUACCUCAUGAUGGCAUCUAUUUUGUGAAGUGCACCAGUCCCUCCUGCAGCAAAGCACCCCCACAACAUGAUGCUGCCACCCCCGUGCUUCACGGUUGGGAUGGUGAUCUUUGGCUUGCAAGCCUCCCCCUUUUCCCUCCAAACAUAACGAUUUUCAUUAUGGCCAAACAGUUCUAUUUUUGUUUCAUCAGACCAGAGGACAUUUCUCCAAAAAGUACGAUCUUUGUUCCCAUGUGCAGUUGCAAACUGUAGUCUGUCUUUUUUUAUGGCAGUUUGGGAGCAGUGGCUUCUUCCUUGCUGAGCGGCCUUUCAGAUUAUGUCGAUAAAGGACUCGAUUUACGUUGGAUAUAGAUACCUUUGUACCUGUUUCCUCCAGCAUCUCCACAAGGUCCUUUGCUGUUGUUCUGGGAUUGAUUUGCACUUUUCGCACUAAAGUACGCUCAUGUCUAGGAGACUGAUCGCAUCUCCUUCCUGAGCGGUAUGAUGGCUGCGUGGUCCCAUGGUGUUUAUACUUGGGUACUAUUGUUUGUACAGAUGAAAGUGGUACUUACAGUCGUUUGGAAAUUACUCCCAAAGAUGAACCAGAUUGAACCAGAGGUCCAGAGAUCUUUGUUCUCCAAUUGACUCAAAUUAUGUCAAUUAGCCUAUCAGAAGCUUCUAAAGCCAUGACGUCAUUUUCUGGAAUUUUCCAAGCUGUUAAAAGGCACAGUCAACUUCGUGUAUGUAAACUUCUGACCCACUGGAAUUGUGAUACAGUGAAUUAUAAGUGAAAUAAUCCGUCUGUAAACAAUUGUUGGAAAAAUUACCUGUGUCAUGCACAAAGUAGAUGUCCUAACCGACUUGCCAAAACUAUAGUUUGUUAUCAAGAAAUGUGUGGAGUGGUUGAAAAACGAGUUUUAAUGACUCCAACCUAAGUGUAUGUAAACUUCCGACUUCAACUGUAUGUUUAGCAAUUUUUGUGGGACAGUACAUAGCUAGCUCUCGCGAUUCCAUUAUUUGCUGAAUGCAGUUUUGUGAAAAGUCCUUGCUGCUUUUUCAACUGAGAAAGCAACCCUUUUGAUGCACUUGCCCUCUGCUCAGAAGAAAUAUUCUUAUAUUUCUCUUAUGCUUCGUUUGGAAGUGUCGGGACAAGUUCAUUGUCUACUUUUCUUUGAAAUCUUUGAAAAACACAUUUUUGCUCAAUUUCUAGCUACCUACUAUUUGUAACUGUGACGUGUAUGUCAGCCUGUCAGUCACUGUCUGUCCUCAUGCAGUUGUUAUACGUGCCUUCAAAAUAAAUGUCCCACAAGCAGUGGUAGUUAAAUGAUUACACAAAGGUGACUAUUCAUAGGGCUUUUAAUUUGAAUAAUAAAUACUUUUUUCAAAACUACUGUCGCAAAUUCUUUAUGUGAUCUGAGCAUGAUUACGCAGGCAGUAUUGAAUCAGAUCGCGGGCCGCAUACGGCCUUUGCCGAGGCCUGGUGUAGAUGAAGGGGAGGAGACAGGUUAAAGAAGGAUUUUUUAAGCUUUGAGACAUGGAUUGUGUACGUGUGCCAUUCAGAGGGUGAAUGGACAAGACAAAAUAUUUAAGUGCCUUUGAAGGGGGUAUGGUGGUAGGUGCCAGGUGCCAGGUUUGUGUCAAGAACUGUAACGCUGCUGGGAUUUUCACAUUCAACAGUUUCCCGUGUGUUUCAAGAAUGGUCCACCAGCCAACUUGACACAACUGUGAGAAGCAUUAGAGUCAACAUGGGCCAGCAUCCCCGUCGAACGCUUUCGACACCUUGUAGAGUCCAUGCUCCGACAAAUUGAGGCUGUUCUGAGGGCAAAAUGGGGGAGGGGGUGCAACAAACCUGUUCCGUGGGAUGUCACGUUCACUAUUCAUAGAUAGUGAAUGUCUCAACUAUCUCCCCUUCUUCGCCGACUUGCUAAUUUACUGCUUCUGGACUCAAAGUGGACAAAUUCUCUCUGGCCAGUGUGGGAGAAACUUGCGACCAUGGCUGCUCCAAACCUAGCUAAAGACACAGCUACAAACCCAGACGGGAGGGAUUUGAGCCCUGUGGACUUCAUCCAGCUGCAGCAGUACAUGGAAUAUGGCAGUCUGAGAGUGAAAGAUGUGAUGAAAGAGUUCCAUGCAGGCGGGCGGUUGGUCCAGUACAGAUUUGGAGAGCGAAUCGAUGCAGUUGGCUUCUCUUUGUUCCUCAAGACCUACCUGGAGGCGGAUGACUUCCCUGCUGAUUUCUGCCAACGCCUUUUCCACUACUUCCAGAAUGCAGAGCGAGACGUUUAUAUGAGGAGCCCUCCACCCAAAGGGGGUGGAGUGUACCUCAAAGAUGUGUCUUGUUACUUCUCUGUGUUGGAGGAGGGACAGCCGCGAGACAAACUGGAAUUUACUUUCAAACUUUAUGACAAAGAUGGCAACGGACUCCUGGACAGCUCAGAAGUGGAUCGGAUCAUCACCCAGAUGAUGCGUGCGGCAGAUUACCUGGGUUGGGACGUGACGGAACUCAGACCGGUGCUGAAGGACAUGAUGACGGCGAUGGAUGCUGACAGCAGUGGAGCGGUGACCCUGCAGGAGUGGAUCCAGGGAGGGAUGAACAACGUGCCCCUGUUGGUGCUGCUGGGACUCAAGAUGGCAGAGAGGGAUGGGCAGCACAUCUGGAGGAUGAAGCACUUCAACAAGCCUGUGUACUGCAACGUGUGUCAGAGCAUGCUGCUGGGCCUCAGGAAACAGGGCCUCUGCUGCACCUUGUGCAAGUACACUGUCCAUGGUCACUGUGCCAACAAGAACCCUGGUCCAUGUGCCUGCACCUUUGUUAAAUCCAAAAAACAGAUUGGGAUUCCAGCUCACGGCUGGGUCAGUGCUGACUGUGACUCCAGUAAGUGUCACUUCUGCAACAAGAAGAUCAAGACCCUGGCAGGGAAGCAUUGCGUGUGGUGCCAACAGAUGCGCCAUGACGACUGUGUCAACUUCGGGUCAUCAUCGUGCGACUGCGGGUCGCUAAGAGACCACAUUCUGCCACCGUGGGCCAUAUACUCAUCCUCCAAGAAGGAUGAAGAAGGAAGGAGUAGUUCCAUGGAGGACACUAACCUGGAGGACAUCACCCCAGACGGGCACAUUCUGCAGAUUGCUCCUAUUCCAGACACCCACCCUCUCCUGGUGUUUGUGAACCCAAAGAGUGGAGGGAAGCAGGGGGAGAGAGUGCUGAGGAAGUUUCAGUAUCUACUGAACCCACGGCAGGUCUACAACCUCUCCAAUGGAGGCCCUGGACCAGGACUGCACUUCUUUCGGAACCUUCAUGACUACAGGAUCCUGGUGUGUGGUGGAGACGGCACAGUCGGCUGGAUUCUAGAUGCUAUAGACAAAGCUGACCUGCCGGUGUGUCCCCCAGUGGCGGUCCUGCCACUUGGCACAGGGAACGACCUUGCUCGCUGCCUCCACUGGGGAGGAGGUUACGAGGGCACAGAUCUCAGAGAGAUUCUGAAGGAGGUCGAGGAGAGCUCAUUGGUUCCUAUGGACCGCUGGAGUGUGCAGGUGAUUUCACAGGACCCCCAGGAGAUAGGAGACCCUGUGCCCAACGAGAUCAUCAAUAACUACUUCUCUAUUGGCGUGGAUGCCUCCAUUGCUCACCGUUUUCACUCCAUGAGGGAGAAGCACCCUCAGAAGUUCAACAGCAGGAUGAAGAACAAACUGUGGUAUUUUGAGUUUGCCACCUCUGAGACCAUCUCUGCCUCCUGCAAGAAGCUAAAGGAGUGUCUCAGCAUUGAGUGCUGUGGGACACCGCUGGACCUGAGCGGUCACUCUCUGGAGGGCCUUGCAGUCAUCAACAUACCCAGCAUGCACGGUGGCUCCAACCUGUGGGGUGAGGCUAAGAAGGCAGACAGAGACAAUGUGUCAGAAGAGGAACCGCCUGAGGUCGUCACUGACCACGACGUUCUGAAAAUGAGCUCACAAGACCUAAGUGACAAGCGGAUUGAGGUGGUGGGGUUGGAGGGGGCGAUUGAGAUGGGUCAGAUCUAUUCUGGACUGAAAAGGGCUGGACACAGACUGGCUCAAACAUCACAGAUCACUAUCAGGACACAUAAAGCCUUGCCUAUGCAGAUUGAUGGUGAGCCCUGGAUGCAGCCUCCCUGCACUAUCCACAUCACACACAAGAACCAAGCCAACAUGCUGAUGGCUGCUCCUGCCAAAUCAUCAGGCUUCUUCCACCUCAAGUAGAGGAAAGGUGGGCUGAAGCACUGAGACUGAAGAGGUCCGGGUGUAGGGUGAAGUUGCGCUUUGACACUGAUCUUGGAUCAGUUUUUCAUUUUCCCAACUAAUGGUUAAGGUUUGGAUUGGGUGAGUGGAUGCUUAUCCUAGAUCUGUACCUAGGGGAAACUUCACCCAGAAGCAGAGGUCCACUGACUGCUGAAGGACCACUGCCAUAAAGGAACCGACAUUUUCGUAAAAACAUUAUUCAUGUCUGAAUUUCUUCCUGAAACACUAGUAGCCAUUGAUUCACAUUGAUACUCUACUCAUUUCCAUAACAAAAAACUCAGAACUAUCCCAGGCUUGUGUUGAUUUGAGUAAGUCCCUUAAUGUUAAGCUUUAUAUUACAUUGCUAUUACAUUUUGUAUCUGUUUGUAUUAGUUAUGUAUAUUUCCAUAGUAUUCCAUGAGUUUGAUUACUUUUAAGCCUUAUUAUUAUGUCUCAGCACAGUAAUAGAUCUCCUGUUUGUUUAUCUGCGUUCUAUAGCAUUUUCACACAAAUGUUUUUGUAUCCAUAUUGAUUAACGUGAUAGGCCAAUAGUCUGUGUCGCUAUAUAAUGCCGUUCAUUGUCAAAUCUAAGUAUGUUUCGCCUACUCAGCAAGUUUCUUGUAGAGGAUACAGCUCAGACAGCUGAGGGUAUCGUUCGCGUUGCCCGACCUCACUUAAAGGCCCAGUGCAGUCAAAUUAGUUUUUUCUGUGUUUUACAUAUAUUUCCACACUAUGAGGUUGGAAUAAUACUGCGAAAUUGUGAAAAUUAUGAUAAUGCCCUUUUCAUGUAAGAGCUGUUCGAAAAGACAGACUGAAAUUUCAGGUGGUUUUGAUGGGAUGGUUUUGAUGGGAUGCAGUGUUGGCCUGCCUGGUGACAUCAGGUAAAUGCAUUAAGAACAAUAAGAAAGAGUUCCAAACCUCUGCCAAUAACAGCUAGUUUUCUGUUUUCCCCUCCCCACUCAAACCACUCCCUAAGUCAUAGCAAAAUCCUUGCUUGAGAAAUUGCUCUUGCUAAGAAGCUAUUUUUGUUUCUUUUUAAGCAUUUUGAUUGAAAACAUUCACAGUAAGGUACUUAAUUGUUACCCAGAAAUGAUUUGAUAUUGAGAUUUUGAAAAACAGCUGCAUUGGGCCUUUAACACUUUGUCACAAGCAGCACUUCCUCAUGAACACUAACCUAAUCUCUCUGCUUAGUGAGACUGCUUCCAAACCACAACUACUGAGAUGCUGUCCUCAAGAAAAAAGGAGACCUGGCUUUUCUCUUUAAAGAAAUAAAUGUUUAGCCAACA